UGACUACUUGAUAGUAUGAAAUUUGGUUGUUUCCAGAACCCACUGCUGAGUGGCAGUGAUCUUUCAACAGUUAUUGGGCGUCCUACAGGUAGUUCAGGGUUUGAUGACAGUGGACAACCAAGAUACCAGACCAAUAGACGAACUAUGAACAGUUCAGACAGAGCCCUGCUGACAGCUUUCAGGGAAAUCAGCAAUAUGGCCGACAGAAUUAAUUUACCCAGAACCAUUGUUGAUAGGUCAAACACACUAUUUAAGCAAGUUCACGACGGGAAGACGUUAAAGGGGCGGAGCAAUGAUGCUAUUGCCUCGGCAUGUUUGUACAUAGCAUGCAGACAGGAGGGGGUGCCAAGAACAUUUAAAGAGAUCUGUGCAGUAUCUAAGAUUCCAAAAAAAGAAAUCGGUCGAUGUUUCAAGCUGAUACUUAAAGCACUGGAGACCAGCGUUGACAUCAUCACUACAGGGGAUUUCAUGUCACGAUUCUGUUCCAAUCUGAGUUUGCCGACAGCCGUUCAGAGGGCCGCUACACAUAUAGCGAAAAAAGCUGUUGAAUUUGAUCUAGUUCCAGGGCGAAGUCCAAUCUCAGUUGCGGCUGCUGCUAUAUACAUGGCAACACAAGCAUCAGAGGAAAAGCGAACACAAAAAGAAAUCGGGGACGUAGCGGGCGUGGCAGACGUCACGAUCAAACAGUCGUACAAGCUCAUCUACCCGCGUGCGCACGACCUGUUCCCCGAGAACUUUAAGCUUGCAACGCUCAUAGAUAAGUUGCCGCAGCAGUAGGUGCCGCCCCCUAGUGAGAAUGUGAUCCUAUUUCCCGCCUCGUGUUAGUGUCUCGAGGUUCACGGACCCAUAACGCAAGAGUGACCGCAAUAGCGCUGUCGUGCACUUGCCUCGCCUGCCUGCGAAUAUGACUGGGAAGAUGUGAAUGUCAAGUGGAAUUGGAUUCCGUCACCUGUGACGUGUUUGCUACGCGGACAAUGGUGUCGACUCUUACACAAACUCCCGUGUUUGGUCUCAUGACUACCCCGCAUCGAACAUCCCGGAAAGCAUGCGUCAACAGACUUCCGGGAAGACAAGUCGUGAGGAAAACUGCUGCAAUAAUGACACCUUUUAUACGUUUCCUUUGUCACAGCUAGAAAUGUGUGAGCUUAGCAUAACAGCAAGAACAGUGUGUGUACAUUCCUUAGACUUUAUACAUGCGCAAAUUAUAUUGUAAAAAUGAAAUUUACUUGUUACAUGGUUGUGCUCAUUAGUAAAUUGUAUUUUAAAUCAUACUGAAUACAACUUACAAUCACUGAAACUUGAUGGAAACUAUUAAACUAUUCAUUGUAUUUGUAAAAAGGGACAUGAAAAUGUAAUAAAAAAAAUGAUCAGCA